CAAUAUCGCUGCGCAGAUUCUGUUGCGCUGGACGGCAGGAGCUUUACAUCGCUUAAAGCGAUUUAAUCUACACACAGCCGAACGCGCCGCCCGUCUACCUUCUACAAAAUGCCUAACAAAAGCAAUAGAUGCGCUGCUUGCCCAAAUGUUUUGAAGGGUAUUAGCUUUCUACAUUGUUGUCGCUGCAAGGAGCAAUACCAUUAUUCAUGUAUGAAUUUCUCGGCGGAUGAUUAUAGAAGCUUUACGGCUGAUUUUAAGUCUUCAUGGAUUUGCCUAACAUGUCGUUGUAAGGAGCCUAAAACCGGCAGUAACUGUGACACUCCCGUACGGCCGGCGCCCGCGGGGCCCUCCACCGUUCCUCAAUAUGACAAUGUCACCCUUCGAGCCAAGAAAAAGUCAAGCACGUCUUUCUCCUCUCCCCCACCCGCUCAAAGUUGCUCAUGUCUAACUGCAGCUGACAUUCGAGCCGUAGUGAGGGAGGAAUUACAUCAAAUUGUUAGAACAGAAAUUAACUCUGAACUAAAAGAGAUAAGAAAGGGCAUGUCAACAUUGGAAGCGUCAAUAUCAUUUUUUAAUGAGGAAUUUGAGAAAAUCAAGACCGCUGUAGCCGCGCAGACUGAUACUGUCGCCGCCCUCCGCAAAGACAAUGACUUUUUGCGCAAUACUACACAAGAGCUCUCUGCCAGGCUUCGUCAGCUCGAUCAAAGAUCCCGUUCGUCCAAUUUGGAAAUUCAAUGCGUACCCGAGCACAAGCAGGAAAACUUAACCAAUAUGGUAUUGCAGCUAGCUAAAGUUAUUAAAUGCCCUGUAAAUGAUAGCGAUAUACACUAUUGUUCUAGAGUAGCGAAACUGAAUGCGAAUAGCACUAGACCGAGGUCUAUACUAUUGAAAUUGAGAAGCCCUCGCCUCAGAGACAAUUUCUUGGCAGCAACUUCUUUAUUCAAUAAAAAGAAUUCCACCGAGAAGCUGAAUACGAGUCACCUGGGGUUAGGCGGGGAGAAAAAGCAUCCUGUCUUUGUGGCCGAACACUUGACUCCAGAGAAUAAGGAACUUCAUGCUGCGGCUCGUCGUAAAUCUAAGGAUUUAAAUUAUAAAUUUGUUUGGGUACGAGACGGCAAGGUUUUUGUAAGAAAGAGUGAAGAGACAAAUUAUAUACAUAUACGUAAUAUUGAUGCUCUAGAAAAGAUGACCUAAUUUGUUAACUUAUUACUAUUAGUUUUUGUUUGGCCGCGUGUUGGAUUGUUUUUGUUUUUGUUAAGUUCGCUGAUUUAAAGAUAUAUUAUCAAAAUGUCAGAGGUUUAAGGACAAAGACAGUGGAUUUGUUUAAUAAUGUAGUAUGUAACAAUUUCGAUUUGGUUGUUUUUACUGAAACCUGGCUUAAUUCAAGUGUUCAUGAUUCGGAGCUCUUUGAUAAUCGAUAUGUUGUUUAUAGAAGGGAUCGGGAAAGUAGUGGUUUUCAUUCUCAUAAGGAUGGUGGUGGUGUUCUCAUUGCAGUCUCCGUGAAACUUAAGUCUUCAAGACUAAAUAAAUUGGAAUCUAGCUGUGAAGAUCUUUGGAUAUCUUUAGAUGUUGCGAGAGGUGGAGAUGGUUUUAAGAAGCUUUUUAUUUGUUGUGUAUAUUUACCUCCGCCAAUCCAGGGUCACAUAUUAAAUCAUUAUUUUGAAAAUGCUAGCCGUAUCAUGAUAGCCAAUCAAGGAGUAGGUGACACGCUUAUAAUGGGCGAUUUUAAUCUAAGCAGUGUUACAUGGAGCCCAAGCGAGGACUCAACUAUAAUGAAGGGUUUCAGCAACGGAGGUAAAUUCACUGAUGAUUUGCUCGAAUUUAUGGCCUUAAAUGAGCUGGAGCAAUAUAAUUGUGUUUUAAAUGUGAAGGGUAAAAUACUAGACCUGGUACUUUGUUCAAUUGCCAUUACGGAAUUGGACCUAAAUUCAGAUCCUUUAACAUCAGUGGAUCCGUUGCAUCCACCGCUUCAAUUCAUAGUCCCUAGUGCUGACCCUGUAACUCUUUUGCCGAAUAGUGACGUAAAGUUCUGUUUCUUCAAGGCUGAUUACGUUAAGAUAGUUGCUGCGCUACAGAAGAUAUCAUGGAACGACGUAUUACCGGACGACCUUGGAGUUGAUCUGAUGUCGACCAAAUUCCAUGCCAUCCUUCGCAAUGUAAUCGAGAAGCAUGUCCCGAAGUCUAAACCACCAAACUAUAAGUUCCCGCCCUGGUUCACGCCGAGCCUUAUCAAAUCAUUAAAAGAAAAACACAAAUGCAGACUAAAAGUGCGCAAGUAUAACAAAAAUCCACGUGAUAUUUUAGAGUUUGAGCUGUUAAGGCAUAGAUGCUACCAACUACAAAAAUCUGCAUACAAUAAACACCUGAGUAACCUGGAACAGACAUUAACUUCUAAUCCUAAAUUUCUAUGGUCCUUUAUCAAGCAAAAAAGGAAGGGUAAAAGUAUGUACCCAGCGGAAAUGUCUCUCGGGGAUGUUGCGGCGACUGAGGGCAGGGAAAUUUGCAAUCUAUUUGCUUCCCAUUUUGAGUCUGUGUAUAAUCGAGAUGCUCCCCGAGCUGCUAAUGCCUCGACAUCGGAUCACUCUGGUAACGUCUGUCUCGCUUCUGUCGUCUUUACCAGGGAUCAAGUUUAUCGAGUUUUGAAGAGACUGGACUUGCAUAAGGGAGCGGGUGAAGACGGACUGCCGUCGGUGUUUGUGGUAAGGUGUGCCGAUGUUCUUGCAUAUCCAUUAUCACGCAUAUUCAACAAAUCAUUGAGUACCGGCACAUUCCCAUCGAAUUGGAAGACAUCAUUGGUUCUACCUUUACAUAAGUCUGGUCAUCUGGGUCAUGUUGAUAACUACAGGCCAAUUUCUAUUCUUCCUACAUUUGCCAAAGUGUUUGAAUCGAUGGUAAGCCCCUUGAUUUCCUGGCAUUUCCGCCAAUUGGUUUCUCCGCAUCAGCAUGGCUUUGUGAAGGCAAGAUCAACUUCCACCAACCUAGUAACCCUUGUAGAGGAUUUGGUGAGAUCUCUUGACCAGGGAAAGCCUGUGGAUGUUAUCUAUACAGACUUCAGUAAGGCUUUCGAUAAAGUCAAUCACGAUGUACUACUUCGAAAACUUUCCUUGAUUGGUAUUAGUGGAAACCUACUGAAUUGGUGUGGAUCAUACCUACAGAAACGAAAGUCAGUAGUGGUAGUGAAUGGCUACACGUCGGAUCCUUUCGAUGCCUCUUCUGGAGUCCCACAGGGAUCUAUUCUCGGCCCAAUUUUCUUCAACAUCUUUAUUAAUGAUAUUCAUCUUUGCUUUAAAAAUUCUAACAUUUACUUGUUUGCCGAUGACCUCAAGAUUCUGAGGCAAAUUGAGGACAUAAGUGAUACUAAACUACUACAGGAGGAUUUGGAUAGUCUGGUUGAAUGGUGCGAGGUAAACGGCAUGUCUCUAAACGCGAAAAAAUGUUUUGUAAUUAAUUUUACCCGUAACAAAACGUCCAUCGCUAGAGAUUAUACUAUAGGACCUGACAAACUUAUGGAAUUGAAUUGUAUUCGUGACCUGGGAGUGACUCUUGAUAAUAAACUGCGAUUUAAUAUUCAUAUAGAUAACAUUGUAAAUAAGAGUUAUAAAUUACUUGGAUUUGUGUUGCGAAACUGUAAAGAGUUCAAGAAGCCACAAACUAAAAUAGUUUUAUACAACGCACUCGUGCGAAGUGGUCUAGAAUAUUGUAGUGUAGUGUGGAAUCCACAUUACGACGUUUAUAUAAAAAAACUUGAGCGCAUCCAAAAAAGGUUUUUAUGGCAUCUGGCAUUCAGUGUCAACCUGGCAAAAAAA